CUGUUUCAAACUGACGUGUCCUUCGGUGUGGGCUGGAGUUGGGUGAGGCCUCAUUGGAAUCUGGCGGGGUUUGGGGGCUCGGUCGGAGUGGGACUGGUCGUUGGCUUCUGGUUGGCCUUAGUUGCGGUCGUUUGGUGGCCCGGACGCGCGUUGGUCAUCAGAGAUCGGUAUGUGACUUUGCUCCUGCCCGGCCACGUGGGAUGGGGCCUUCAGAUGUGCUUAGUAAGUCUUGCGUGAUAUCAUUGUGUCUGUUAGGGAUUCCGGCUGUUGUUCGCAGGACUGUGUUGGAGAAACUUGGCGGCUGAUUGGCUGGGGUUGGAGGUGCUUUGGGAAUGGUGGACAACUGAUUGAUAGCGGUUAUUCACCUGAGGGAUGGGGCCUUCAGAUGUCCUCAGUGAGUCUUGCAUGAUAUGAUUGUGUCUGUUAGGAAUUGCUAGAGGGUCGUGUUGGGUUGUUGUUCGCAGGACUAUGUUGGAGAAACUUGGCAGCUGAUUGGCUGGGAUUGGAGGUGCUUUGGGAAUGGUGGGCGGCUGAUUGAUACCGGUUAUUCACCUGAUGGCGGGAGGGUGUCAAAAAGUUUACUGUUUCAAGCACUGUGGCCGUCAUUCAGUGCCUCGAUGCGUGCGCUCAGGAGGUACCAGAGAGGUGACUCUGAGGCUUCGUCUGCUCCAUAUGUGGUAUGCCAAGAAUCCUUCUAGGACAAGGGUGUUUAAUCACUGUUGCCUCUGGGUGGAUCAGACGGGUAUGCUCAUUCAGAGCCUUGCUGAUGUCUCUAUUGGGUCUGAAUUUGAGCGUGUGCUGCGCAUGGGAGUUAUCUACGUUCUAAGGUCUUUUGGUCUCAGUGCCGCAAGGAAUCUCUAUCGUGCAUGCUCAUUUGAUCUGAUAAUAGAGUUGUCAGCAACAACUAUUUUCCAGGCCUGUUCUCUACCUGCAGCUGAAUUUCCAACUGAUUCCUUUGAGGUUGUUCCUUAUAGUGAGCUGUCUAACCGUUCAGGGGACAAUCGUAUCCUUGUAGAUGUUGUCGGCCGUCUUCAUUCUAUUAGCGGGAUUGAUCAUCAGGUUACUAAUCACGGCUCGACUCCAAAACAAGUUAUGGUCCUUGAGAAUGCACAGGGCCAGAGAGUGUCGAUCACGCUUUGGAAUGAACUGACGGCAGUCCUUGAUCGACCUGCUUUGAUUCAGGCGGACUCCAUUGAGCCAGUGAUCGUUGGAGUUGGGGGGCUCAUGGUUGGUCGUUUGAUAGCUAGUGAAUAUUCCAGUUCGAGCUCCUCUGGAACCCGUAUAGUUGUUAGCCCGAGGAUACCAGAAGCUUACAGCCUCGCUGCUUUUUUUGGUGGAUCCAGAGUUCCUGUUGCUGAUUUGCCGGUCAAGUUUGCGACCCCAGGGGACGCUGUUGCUGAUGCUGAGCGGAGAACCAGGACCAUAGCUGAGCUUCUUGAUUUGCACCAUGGCGGUGCUUCUGUCGAUGAAAAGCAUCGUUGCGGUGGUAUAGUCCGAUCGUGUCCUGACCAUUGGGAGAUCACUAAGCAGCAAGUGACAGUUGGCUACAAGAUCCAAUUGACCCUGCGUGAUGCCACUGACGAGGCCCCUUUCAUUAUUUUCGGCCCGUGUGGGAACAAUUUGGUGCUCACAUCUGCCCAACUGCUGGCCCAGAGAUAUCCUCACAGUUCUGGCCAGUUACCGCCUGAACAUGAGGCUUUGCUCGGCCAGUUUGUCAGGUUUGAGGUCAAGCUUCCGAUGGUUGGGUCAAGUGGAGUAUCUACGGGUGAAUUCCGUGUUUUCCGAGUUAUGCCCCGUGAUGUUCAGGGCCCAGUGCUUGGUCUUACAGGAGUUCCAGAUGUCACAGGCAGUGUUUCUUCGUCCCAAACCUUAAGUCAGUCCUAUUCUGGUCAGGAAGGAAUGUUGAUGCUGCCUGCUCCAGGUGUACCUUUCGCAGCUUCAGCUUCUGUUGUCAUACCAUCUAGCUCAUCCAAGGGAAAGGAAAAGGUUGUUGACUCAGUUUCGCCUGGAGGGACGAAUCCAACAUUCCAGAUUGGCCAGGUUGCAGGGUUGCCUCUCAGUUCAUCUCAAGUUCCUUUGGAAAUCAAGGAGAAUGCUGUUGUGUCCGACGUGAUUUUGCCAAAUUUGCUGCCUCCUGUUUCAUCUAUUGCACCUUUGCUUUCUGUUGCUGAUGUGAGAGGAAAAGGAACAGGUCCAGUGGCGACUGUUGUGGCAACUCCUUUUACCAUUGCAGAUCCUUUGAAGGUCUCUAAUAUCCAGUCAGUUGGUGCUGUGAAGGGUGCAGUAGGGACUCCUGGAACUCUGAGUGAUGGUAUGGAUGUGAUGAGUUCUACUAGCCAGGUAGUACAUGGAUUGUCAUCCAUUGCUGGGCUGGGUUCUGAAACUCCUCAGAGUAAAAUCAGCAAGUCAUCUUCGGCAGUUUCGCCUUUGUCUUCAAGGAGUCUCUUGAUAUCACCUCUGGCUAAGGUGAAGAUUGAGAAGCUGGAAUCUUCUGGAACUGGAUCUCCUAAUGUGAGGCAGGAUGAUGAGCAAACAGAAAGUACGUCCCCUUUUUCGCUUGCUGACCAAGAUUCACAAAGGGCGCCUGGGAAGCCUUCUGCUGCUAAGCGUCGCCUGUAUGAAUCUUAGGGUAUAAAUUCGAGUCUGAUCCCUUUGUGUGUUAUUUAUUAGUUUUGAAUGUUGAUUGGUUAUGUUAUUUACUGGAUCUAAGUUAUGCUAGGUGCAGGAAAGGUGGUUGCCUUUUGUGGAUGCUGGAUUUGCUGCAAGGAGGAAGUCCUUUUGAUGGUGGGCAGGAUGAUUAUGUUGUUGAUCGUUUGAAGUUGUGCUGGUUGUAGGGUUUGUAGCUCUUUUGUAAACUUCUGGGGAACCCGUUUGUAAACUUUGUUCUUGCCUUUCUUGGCUAAUUUUGGCAACUUUGUGGAAAUUAUGUUGUUGGUUUCUAGACAAAACUAAUGGUACUUCGGGUAUCUGUUUAUGAGGUGUAAGUUUUAAGUGCAUGUAAUUUUCUGUGCAAAAUCAGGGUGGUCAGUUUGGACACCUGAAAUGUUGUGACCCCAGUGUGGGCAAAAUUCUGCCCUUUUGGUCCCUCUUUUGUAGAAUGUGAAUGAUCAGCAGUUUUUAUGUAUUAUCAAGGAAUAUAGUUUUUAUCUAAGA